GCCAAGUACUGACUAAUGCAUAUAUCUACAUUAAAUGGUGGUAGCAUUUAUUGAGCCCUUGCCAUGACCAAAGAACUAUUUGUCUAUACACAUAGGACGGCAUCUAACAACUUAGAGGAAAAUCAGAAUAGAUUAAGAAGGAAAAAAUAAAUGAAUGACAAAAACGGGGAAAGCAAUUGACAAUGUUCCUAUGAAGCAACACCUUUGUUAAUUACCAAGUAAAAUAAGAAAAUGAGUUAAUCACUACAUGUCAUUAUUAUUUUCUGUCUGAAUUUGCGUCUGAAGUUAAUGAUGGGAAACCGGACAUCGGUGAUAGAAUUCAUUCUUCUUGGACUGACAGAUGAUGCUGAUCUCCAAGCUCUGCUUUUCCUUUUUCUGCUGCUAACUAACGUCUUAAGCAUCCUGGGAAACGUGACCAUCAUCAUUCUGACCCUGCUGGAUUACCGCCUCCAGACGCCUAUGUAUUUCUUCCUCCGGAAUUUUUCUUUUUUGGAAAUAUCUUUUACCUCUGUCUUUGUUCCCAAAAUGCUGCUCAAUAUCGGAACUGGAGAUAAGACUAUCUCCUUUGCGGGGUGUUUCACUCAGUACUUUUUUGCCAUCCUGGGAGCCACUGAGUUUUAUCUUUUAGCUGCCAUGUCCUACGACCGCUACGCUGCCAUUUGUAAACCCCUCCAUUAUACAACUUUAAUGAGCAAGAGACUGUGCAUUCAACUUGUCCUGUGUUCCUGGUUCUCAGGAUUUUUGGUUGUCGUUGUGCCACAUACAAUGGCUCUCCAGCUGCCUUUCUGCGCAUCCAACGUCAUCAAUCAUGACUGCUGCGAUUAUACGGUACUGCUGCACCUGUCCUGAGACACAUGUUUCAUAGAAAUGAUGGAGCUCAUCUCUGUGGGAAUCACCCUCAGCUUCACCUUGGUGCUAGUGAUUCUUUCCUACAUGUACAUCAUCAGGACAAUUCUGAGAAUCCCCUCCGUUCAACAAAGAAAAAAAGCUUUUUCUACAUGCUUCUCUCACAUGAUUGUGGUCUCACUUUCUUAUGGAAGUUGUAUCUUUAUGUACAUAAAUCCUUCUGUUAAGGAUGCAGAAACUUUUAAUAAGGGAGUGGCUGUCCUAAAUACCUCAGUUGCCCCUCUGUUGAACCCUUUCAUCUAUACUCUAAGGAACAAGCAAGUGAAAAUAGCCUUCAAAGAUAUGGUCAGCAAGGUAACAAUGUUUUCCAGAAGGUGAAACUCACUGAGGUUCGUAAUAAUAAUAAACAACACGUAAAUGUUUGGAACAGUGUAGAUGUACAUUAUUAUAGCAUCCAAGUGUUUGUUAUUAUAUAUUGUCAAUAUUCCUAACUGAACGCCGAAACAGUAAAACUGCUUAUUUAAUGAAACCUAUUUUGCCAUCACUUUAUUUCUUAAAAUUUUACAGGCCUUGAGUGUGUAUAUAUGUGUGUGUGUCCUCUAACACUUUUGUGCUGCUUUUCCUUAUUUGUACCUCACUUUCAGGGAAA